GCUCCCUGUCGCCGCAGCAGCAGGUUCGCUUCCGCUGUUAAAAAAGUAGGAAGUUGUCUUUUUCAGUCCGUUUUUGUCGCACAUGCGGCGAAGUGUGGACACAACAUGGACACUGACAGGCCAACAAAGCUGGAGUUUGCUGUGCAGAUGACAUGUGACACUUGUGCACAGAAGGUCAGAGCUGCUCUCGAGGGAAAACCAGGAGUGAAGUCGUUCAGCAUCGAUCUGAGCAGGGAGGAGGUGUUGGUGGAAUCCGCUCUGACCAUCGCUCAGGUUCAGGCUAUGAUUGAAAGCACCGGACGCAGAGCCGUGUUAAAGGGCAUCGGAGGAUCAGAGCGAGACUUGGGUACAGCUGUGGCCAUGUUGGCCGGUGCAGGAAACAUCCAAGGUGUGGUGCGUUUCCUGCAGUUAUCGACGGAACGCUGUUUGAUUGAUGGAACCAUCGAUGGGUUGGAGCCUGGACUCCACGGCCUCCAUGUUCACACCCUGGGCGACCUCACACAGGACUGCAACAGUUGUGGGGAGCACUUUAACCCCCGUGGAAGACAACACGGUGGUCCAGGAGACUCUGAAAGGCAUGCAGGUGAUCUGGGAAACAUCGUUGCAGAGGCAGAUGGCAGAGCCUCAUUUAGACUAGAAGACACUCAACUAAAGGUAUGGGAUGUGAUUGGCCGGUCACUGGUGGUGGAUGCGGGGGAGGAUGACUUGGGCCGCGGCGCUCACCCUCUCUCCAAACAGACGGGAAACUCUGGGGAAAGAUUGGCCUGUGGAAUCAUUGCUCGAUCUGCCGGUCUUUUCCAAAACCCCAAACAGAUCUGUGCCUGUGACGGGGUCACACUGUGGGAAGAGAGAGACAGGCCGAUAGCUGGAACAGGUCGAAACAAGGCCAACACAGAGACGCCAGCAGCAAAUCUGUGAACGCUAACGAGCAAGAGAAAUGCAGUGGACAUUUUUGUUGAGUCAGAGGCGAGGAAGUUAGAGCACUUAGGGAUACAUUUCCCAAACUGAAAGAAAAUCAAAGUAAAAUGUGUCGAUUUUCCUGAAAAUAUUCUCUUUGUGAUGAAAUCAAAUGCUCCUGCAGUUGCACUUAGUGUCCUCAGAGGGUUUUCAAAAGCACUAAAGCUGAUUAAAACACGCAGAGGCGUUGUAAACGUCGCAUCUGAUUAGCUACAACUCCAUUACUGCUGUUUUAUAUUUGUUUAUCCAGUUUGCCUUUGACACAACAAUCUCAUCACCGUCAAUAUUGAUGCGCUCGUAAGAUCCGAGGUUUCCAUUUUGGCUGUGUCCUGGUAAAUAAAUGAAGAGAUAAGUGCGCUUUAGUUUGCCGUUAAAGUGUCCGAGUUAAUUACGCCAGCCUCUUAAGGAGCAUAGCAGUUAAAAAUGCUACAUCCUGUUUCUCUCUCUCAGCAGCUCAGCUGCAUCACUUUGAGCGCUGGUUCACCUGUUGAUUUGUGGGAAAAGAUAAAGAGUAGCUCAGCUACUAUUGAAGAAAACUCAAAAAAAAUUGUGAUUUGUUUUGUAUUUUCAUAAUUUAUACAGUAUUUUCGAGAAAAGUUAACACAAAAAUAGAAAAGUUCUUCCUCGUGUUGUGUCCCAAACCCCCUCCAAAAUGUAUUGGAACAUCCACAAAACGUCAUGGGUUCUUUUUCACGUUAUGUACUAAUAACCCUUUGUAGAAUUUCACUGGUUUUUCCUUAGGUUGUCCCUCAACAAAAAUGUAUAGGUUCUUCCUUAGGUUGUCCCUCAACAAAACUUCAUAGGUUCUUCAGGUUAUGUACUAACCCUUUGCAGAAUGUCAUGGGUUCUUCCUUAGGUUGUCCCAACCCUCAACAAAACUUCAUAGAUUCUUCUUCAGGAUAUGUCCCAACUCUUUGCAGACUUUCAUAGGUUGUUCCUUGUGCCGUGUCCCAAACCCUCGACAAGAUUUCUUGGAAUCUUCCACGUGUUGUGUCCCAAACAUUCACAGAACUCCGUAGAUUCUUCUUCAGGUUGUGUUCCAACCCUUUACAAAAUUUCAUAGGUUUUUAUUUGGGUUAUGUCCCAACCCUUUGCAGAAUUUGAAGGGUUCUUCCUUAGGUUGUCCCAACCCUCAACCAAAUUUCAUAGGUUCUUCUUUGGGUUAUGUCCCGACCCUUUGCAGACUUUCAUAGGUUGUUUCUUGUGUCGUGUCCCAAACCCUUGGCAUGACUUCUUGGGAUCUUCCACGUGUAAUGUCCCAAACAUCCACAAAACUUCAUGGGUUCUUCUUUAUGUUAUGUUCCAACCCUCAACAAAAUUUCAUAGGUUCGUCUUUGGGUUAUGUCCCAACCCUCAACAAAAUUUCAUAGGUUCUACUUCAGGUUAUGGCCCAACUCUUCCCAGACUUUCAUAGGUUCUUCCUUGUGUCAUGUCCCAACCCUUCAGCAAGAUUUCUUGGAAUCUUCCACAUGUAAUGUCCCAAAUAAAUCCACAGGUUCUUCUUUAGGUUAUAUCCCAACCCUCAACUAAAGUCUAUAGGUUCUUCUUUGGAUUAUGUCCCAAACCCUUUGUAAAAUUUCAUAGGUUCUUCUUCAGGUUAUGACCCAACCCUUUGCAGAAUUUAAUGGAUUCUACCUUGGGUUAUAUCCCAAACCUUUGCUAAAAAUUUGAUGGGAAGUUGAAUGGGUAGUUCAACUACUGAAGGACACUUGAGAAGAAAUAGGGGUGCAUUCAUGGGCUGGUGGUGUAAAAAGAGAGAUUAGCAUGACCUCAAUAGAGCGAAAGAGAGAGUCAGAUUCCAUGCAAGGUGAAAGGGCAAGAGAGGGGUAAGAGUUGAAGCAGUGUGUGCUCAGCUGUUCCUGAGAGGACAGUUGCUACAUGACAUUCAGACAAACUCAGAGUCAUAAAAUGGAGGAAAAUGAUGCGUCCUUUAUCAGAAAUUGUGCGUAACAACUGGAAUGUAAUAAGAAAAACAUUAAAAAUCUCCCAGAGCUGACACUUGUUGUUGAUGCAUGGCGACUGUUCCCCCGGUGAAAACAUCAAUACAAGGACAUUGGCUGCACCAUAUUGGGCUCUUUGAGUGUGCAGCAAAGUUUCACAUUGAUUUUUUCAGAUCGAGCAUCCGUCUUGUUUUGGGUGAUGCCUGAAUAAGUUUAUUGAAUUCCCCUCCAAAUGUUCAGUGGGUGUCCUUUUCCCAUUUCUGUGUGAGGAGAACUGUGAAGGCAGCAUGAAUGUAGGGGCUCUAAAAUUAGGGUUUAAUCUGUGGCUUUUUCAACCAUUCAUGUGAAGGAAAGGAGGAAAGAAAUCCUUCCAUUUCAUUCACAAAGUUUUUACUUCAUUCUCUGUCAAUUAAUCCUUUCAUGUCUUCUUCAAGUGUGAUUUUUUUUUAUCUGUAGAAAGCAAUCUUCUAACCAGAUUAGCACAGAAGUCUAAAUGAAAAUGGAAAAAUUGCACUUUUUGAGUAACGUAAUCCAAAUAAAUCUCAUAUGUCAGAUUGAGAUGCACAGUAUAUGUUUGUAGUGCACCUGAUAUCAGAAUAUGUUAUAUGUCUUAAUCCAGUCAUUUCAUUGUUCAGAAUAUUUAUAUUAGACUAUUGCUUUUCAUGGAAACAGUCAUUGUUGAUGCGACAUCUUAAUCAGAUUACAACAGUGGUGGAUAUAAUACAGAUCCGAGUCAAUUUUUGAAAAACAUGAAAUGUAAAUGUCUUGUAAGAAUAAUCACCUAUUCAGAAUAAAUCAAACAAUACAA